AAAAAAAAAAAAAAAAAAAAAAAAAAAAAAAAAACACAACACAAAAGUCAUUCAAGAUGGUGUUAGACACGAUUUCUAAGAUUAUUAAAGUGCAGCUUCCGGCGUAUCUGAAGAAGUUGCCGCUUCCGGAGAGCAUCGGAGGCUUCGCGAGACUCACAGUUUCAGAGUGGCUCCGCCUCCUGCCCCUGCUCGGGAUCCUGGCUCUGCUUGGUUACCUGACCAUCAGGCCUUUCCUGCCCAAGAAGAAGAAGCAGAGAGACUGCCUCAUCAACCUGAAGAUCCAGAAGGAGAACCCGAAGGUGGUGAACGAGAUCGACAUCGAAGACCUGCGGAGCGCCAACGUCUGCUACUGCCGCUGCUGGAGGUCCAAAACGUUUCCUGUUUGUGAUAAAUCACACAUAAAGCACAACGAGCUGACUGGAGACAACGUCGGGCCGCUGAUCCUGAAGAAGAAAAUUCUAUAAUCGUCGUAUAAUUUUAUUAAAAAAGGAGAUUUUGCUUCCUUUCAUUUGUUUUUGUUUAACUUUGUAGAAUUGAUUGCCUUCUCUACAGUGAGCCUGCUGUAUAGUGUGUGUGUGUGUGUGUGUGUGUGUGUGUGUGUGUGUGUGUGUGUGGUCAGGUUUCUUUCUUUUUUUGCCAACAUGUUGCUGUAUUGUGUAUUUAGAAUGUGGAGACAAAAAUAAUAAUAAUAAUAAUAACUUGUGCCUUAGAUUUCAUCUUGUACUGCUUUAAAAUGUUUUUCUUUCUAAAGUGCUGAAAAAGUGCAAUAUAACUGGACCACAACUUUAAUUAACUUUAAUAUUGUAAUGUUAAUUAAUUAAAAUUAAUUAACAUUACAAUAUAAACUGUCCAUCAUCAUGAAACAAUGAUUAUUGCGUUGUUACGUAGUGUAAUGAGGCCACUCUGAAAACAAUCAAAUAAAUUAAAAUUUUAAAAAUAAAUACUAUACA